GUGCCCAACUCAUUCUCAUAUUUACUCCCAAGCUCCUGGGCUUUCACCUUCUGGGAAAACAACAGAUUAUGCCUUUGAGAUGGCUGUUUCAAAUAUUAGAUAUGGAGUAGGAGUUACAAAGGAAGUGGGCAUGGACCUACAAAACAUGGGUGCUAAAAAUGUUUGCUUGAUGACAGACAUGAACCUCUCCCAGCUCCCUCCUGUGCAAGUAGUUAUGGAUUCCCUAGUGAAGAAUGACGUCCCCUUUAAGGUUUAUGAUAAUGUGAGGGUAGAACCAACAGAUACAAGCUUCAUGGAAGCUAUUGAGUUUGCCAAAAAAGGAGCUUUUGAUGCCUAUGUUGCUGUGGGUGGUGGCUCCACCAUAGACACCUGUAAAGCUGCCAAUCUGUAUGCGUCCAGCCCUCACUCCGAUUUCCUAGAUUAUGUCAACGCCCCCAUUGGGAAGGGAAAGCCUGUGUCUGUGCCUCUUAAGCCUCUGAUUGCAGUCCCAACUACCUCAGGAACCGGGAGUGAAACUACUGGGGUUGCCAUUUUUGACUAUGAAUGCUUGAAAGUAAAAACUGGCAUUGCUUCAAGAGCCAUCAAACCAACACUGGGACUGGUUGAUCCUCUGCACACCCUCCACAUGCCUCCUCGGGUGGUCGCCAACAGUGGUUUUGAUGUGCUUUGCCAUGCCCUGGAGUCAUACACUGCCAUCCCCUACCACAUGCGGAGCCCCUGCCCUUCAAAUCCUAUCACUCGGCCGGCAUACCAGGGCAGCAACCCAAUCAGCGACAUUUGGGCGGUCCAUGCGCUGCGGAUUGUUGCUAAGUAUCUGAAGAGGGCUGUCAGAAAUCCUGAUGAUCUCGAAGCAAGGUCUCAUAUGCACUUGGCAAGUGCCUUUGCUGGCAUUGGUUUUGGAAAUGCUGGUGUUCAUCUGUGCCAUGGAAUGUCUUACCCAAUUUCAGGUUUAGUGAAGAAAUAUAAAGCAAAGGAUUACAAUGUGGAUCACCCACUAGUGCCCCAUGGCCUUUCUGUGGUGCUCACAUCCCCAGCAGUAUUCACUUUCACAGCCCAGAUGUUUCCGGAGCGGCACCUGGAGACAGCUGAAAUAUUAGGAGCUGACACCCGCACUGCCAGGAUCCAGGAUGCUGGGCCUGUGUUGGCAGACACGCUCCGGAAAUUCUUGUUUGACCUGGAUGUUGAUGAUGGCCUAGCAGCCGUGGGUUACUCCAAGGCUGAUAUCCCUGCACUAGUGAGAGGAACGCUGCCCCAGGAAAGGGUCACCAAGCUUGCACCCCGUCCCCAGUCAGAAGAGGAUCUCUCUGCUCUGUUUGAAGCUUCAAUGAAACUGUAUUAAUUGACAUUUUGACUGAAAGAAUGACCACUGGCCACUGUAGUUCUGAAAACAAACAUUGAUCUACCUGGCGCUGUGUCUUUUUAUCUCUACACAUAACUUAAAUGUUACCAAUUUGAAUGUGAUAUAAAUUUAUCCUGCAGGAAAUUCCCUGAUGCUUGGAGUCAAGUUACUUCCAUAAAAGAGGUGGGACAGAUGCCCCCUAUGUCAGACCCUUGGGUGACACUUCAGGGGUGUUUCUGGCCCAAACCCCACAGAAACUCUGCCCCUCCUCCAUUAGCAAAUGCGCAAAUACUCAGUAUCUAAAAAAACUUAAAUAUAACUAAUUGCAUGUCUAGAAACUUAUCCCUAUAGAAACACUAUCACAAAUAUGUAAAAAAAAUAUAUUGCAGGAAUGUCUCUGGCAGCACUUUUUCUAAUAAUAAAAAAUGUGAAACAA